AUGCCUGCAUCAGUGAAUUACCGUGUCGUUGAGCCGCAUCCGUCGGUCCCUCAUACCAGCCGCCCUGCUCUGCACACGGCUCGCGGAGGCGCUGGCAAUGUCAUCAACCUGAAGGGCACCAAGACCACCGACUCUCGCUCUGCUACUGGUCCUGCCUCUUUGACCCGCUUGGACUCGAAUGUCCCCAGCACCUUCAAGUCCGGUCGUGGCGGUGCCGGCAACGUCCACAGCAGCAGCGAGCGCGCCAUCUUCAGCUUCGACGAGGAACUUGAGCGUGAUCUCCGCCGUGCCGCCCCCGUCUACCACGUCGGCCGUGGUGGAGCCGGCAACAUGGUCUUCUCCAGCGACGACUCAUCCAGCACCCUCAGCCGCAAGUUCUCCGGCAGCAGCUCGAGCAGCUCCGGUUCUACUCGUGAACGGGCUCUCCGCGGUCUUGAGAAGGGCUGGGGCAAGCUCAGGGGCAUGGCAUAG